UGUUUUGUGUGACUAACGGGAUGCGGAUCUCACCCGACGUGUUGCAGUAAUCUAUGAAUACCAUCCCUCGGACUACAUUCAGGACACAAGCCAUUGGAAUCAAACACGAAGUGAUUGCCAGGUAGCCGCUACGGGGCUAAUGGCGAUAACGGAGGCAGUAGUCACAGCGAACGCUUCACUUUUUAUACGCAAGGACCUCGUAUACAACUCCAACCUUAAGCACAGUACUCUCUAUACAAAGCCACUUAUGCCAUUGUCAAAACAAGUCAAUUUGUUCCUCAUCCUAGCCACAACACCAUUCUGCCCCUUACAUCCCUCACCCACACCCAAAGAAUCCUCGGCACACCAUCCCAACCCAUUUCUCCACUCCGCCUACCCUCUACACCCAACCCCCUCAUACUCCCUUUUUGCCAAUCUCACCAAAAACCCGCAGGGGGCGGGGGUUUACACUAAAAUAUAUGCAAGGUACCCGUUUCUCUUCCGUAUAGCUCUUACCCUUCUAGUAUAUUAUAAACUAUACUAUUACUCAUUCUAUUAAUACUGUCUUCUAACUCUUU